ACAAACAUAUGCGCACACUAGUGCAGUAGAGUGAAACUCAAAGAAUAAUGGGAUUCAUUCAUAUCCUUGGACUGCACUGAUGACAAUGCUUUUUUCUUUCGACGUUACCUAGUCUAUAGUCUAUAAUGAUAACUGAUAGAGGUCAAUGCAGUAAACCCGGUUUAUAUGUUCAGCUCCAUUGGGAACAAGGGAAAUGUGGUCCAUUUUUGGCAUGUCACUCAGUAAAGGUUAACGGAGUCUGUACAACCAGAUUCACCGGAACUUUCUCUACAUCGCAAGCAUGGAGAUGAACUCUCAGAAAAGUUCUUCAGUACCCACGAAGGACAUUACACCCAUCCAGCAGAUGAUCGCAUCUUGCUCAGGGGCAAUUAUUACGUCACUGUUUGUAACACCUCUGGAUGUGGUGAAGAUCAGACUGCAGGCACAAAACAAUCCUUUCCCCAAAGGGAAAUGUUUUGUGUUCUGUAAUGGCCUGAUGGAUCAUAUAUGUGUCUGUGAGAAUGUCAAUUCAAAGGCAUGGUACAAAACGCCUGGUCAUUUCACCGGCACUCUGGAUGCUUUUAUUAAGAUUAUACGUAUGGAAGGAGUCAGUUCUCUAUGGAGCGGCCUUCCUCCAACACUAGUGAUGGCUGUACCUGCAACCGUAAUCUAUUUCACAUGUUACGAUCAGCUAUGUGCCGUUCUCAAGCACAGGAUGGGAGAACGAUCAGAUUAUGCACCGCUGUUGGCCGGCGCCAUCGCGAGAGUGGGGUCGGCAACAGUAAUCAGCCCCCUGGAGCUGGUCCGCACAAAGAUGCAGUCUGAGAAGCAGUCGUACCAGGAGCUGAGCGCCGUUAUCCGGUCAGCGCUGCACAACAAGGGCUGGCGGUCUCUGUGGAGGGGCUGGGGACCCACGCUGCUCCGAGACGUCCCAUUCUCAGCUAUGUACUGGUUUAACUAUGAGAAGGGUAAAGUUUGGCUCUGUCAGUAUUACAACUGUACAGAUCCAACCGUUGCCAUCGCAUUCACGGCUGGAGCACUGUCUGGAUCAUUUGCAUCGGUCAUCACACUGCCGUUUGAUGUGGUCAAGACAAAACGACAGGUAGAACUGGGUGAACUGCAGACGAUAAAAUUGUCCACACACGUCUCAUCCAGCACAUAUCAUGUGAUGAAAAGGAUAGUUGCUGAAAAUGGAGUAUCAGGACUAUUUGCAGGUUUUCUGCCCAGGCUGAUUAAAGUGGCUCCGGCGUGUGCUAUAAUGAUCAGCACAUAUGAGUUCGGAAAAGCUUUUUUCCACAGAUACAACCAGAAGAAACAGAGGGGGACACAACUGCAGCCCAGCACUUGCUCUCACUCAGAAAAGCACUGAUUUAGAAGAACACUUGAUCCCACAUCACACACCUUUGUUAAGAUUCAGUAAAUUAACCACAGGCUACGCCACAAAUUUACCCAAUAUGUAAUCACUCUUGCUGUCAGUCUAAAAGAGGAUUUAUAUUGAGUUGCUGUGAAAUAAAUCAGUAUUUACUUUCUCUAGUAAAUAUUUAAAAGUAACAGAGUAUCUUCCACAUAGUUCAAAUUAUUGAAGAUAAUAGUUCAAUAUUUGUGUUUUUAAAUGUGUUCAUUAAAAAAGGUGAAGAAACAUAAACCCUUGCUUAUAAAUGCAUCUUCAUUUUAUUUUAAGGGUUAGGAAAAUUGAUAAAUUCACACUAAAUUUAAUCCCAUCAGUCAUGUUCAUCCUUGUAAUUUUGUUCUACCUGUUCUGUCUUGUUGACUUGUAAUUGUUUAGUGUUUAAGUCAGUUUCCGAGGUUUAUGUUAAAUUAAGACAAGUGUGUGCAAAUGGUGCCAAAAAUAAGGAUGAUGAUUAUUUCAUUUUUUUUAGAAUGAAUAUUCACAGCAUUUUAAACAAUUGUGCUUUUUGUAAUUUUAUUUUCUUUUUAAGUGCUUCAACAGUGAUUCAUUAAUUAUUUAAAAUCUCUUUGUUGUGAAUUCCUUAAUUCAGUCCAGAAUAUUGUCUGUAGUUAUUUUAAUUUACACUCAUGUUGCUUUAACCAGGAGCGCAUAAGAUCUUAUGCAUUGUGCAAAAUUGUAAUUAUUUAUCUUCUAUUCCUAGUGUGAUAAAAGAAUGAGAAGGAAUUUUAGCAUUCUCCGUUUACAUUUUGUUUUUACACAAAAUUGCAUUUAAUUUGUAUUGAUAACUAGACAUCAAAAACCAAAUUAAAGCUGUAAUGUGAUGAGGUCUUGUGACAAUAUUCUGUAAGCUAGUAUUCCAAUGCAAACAUAAACAAUGAAAUAAAAUCAGCAUUCAGCCAA